AUGCCAUCCAACUACGACCUCGACCGUCAGAAUGAAUCUGACAUCUUAAAGAUCGCCCCCAAACUGAAAGGGGAUUCUAACUUUGCUCAGUGGCAGCACCGGCUCUACAUGGCAUUGAAGGAAAACAACAAAAUUUGCAUUGAAAUCAUUCAUGGUAUUGUUCAACAACCCCCUCCACCGGAUCUCUAUAAAUCUAUAGAAGUUAUUCGGGAAUUUGCCAUGCAUCAGGUUGUUAGUACUGCAUCCGCUUCCGGUUUGAAAGAUCCUACAUCUACAGUUACAGACAAUGUUGUUAGAGAGCUUGUUAAAGAACGUAAGCGGGAAAACGCUGAGAUCUCAGUGAAGCAUCAGAUAGUCCAUCAUAAAUGGGAUCUUGUCAAUACUCGCUGCUGCAACCUUAUCAUUAGCACCCUCGACAUCGUUCCUACGUCUUAUAGAUAG